AAGUUUGCUCGGUUGAUAUCCGCGUAUCGGUGUGAUCCGUGUUUGUCAUCGGCGGCGUGCCUUCGUUUCAGUUAUUUUCGCGUAGCUAACAGCAGGUUCAGCAGCCAGUUGUCAGUAGUCGGUCUAGUUCAACGUCGGAAUCAAAUGGACGGACGAAAGCCAACAACAACUGCUGCUCCUGCCUAAAGCCAACUGCCACCGGGUUCUUAGUCGAUAAAACGUCGCGAUCGUAGACAGGUCGUUUUGCUUGAUUGCUCUUAUUAGGUGUUGUGUUGCGUUGAGUUAUUCGGUGUGAAGAUUCUGUGGGUUAGAACGUAGCGAAUUGUGUUCAGAGAGAUCUGUCGUCAAGUGUUUUGUUGGGGCAUUCGAAGGAUUCGCAGCGAGGAUUUGUUGUUGUUAUACCUGGUGAAGGGCUUUUGCACUGAGAAGAUCUCAAGGCAUCGCCUGCUUUGUUUUGAAGUCCGUGCUAUUGAGGUAGGGUCGUUUCUGUUUGGUGUUAAUCAGUGGCGUCGCGAGUGUCUGUUUCCACCGGAAGUUAACCUACAUAUUGUGCAGUUAGAUUCCCGUUAGAUCUACACGAUCGCUAAUUUUAGGUUAUUUUGCGGCCAAACCCUUAAUUAAGUUCGACCGGUGUUGUAGCCUGUCAAAAAAGGUACCGGGAAAACCGGAAGUGCUGUCCAGACCAGGUAAAGGUCAGUGUUACUUCACUCGAGAAGGGGAAGCGAUUGGCAGUGAGCAACUCGCUGCUCUGUUUGGCUAGCUAGUUAAUUAAAAUAUUUUCUAUCCUGCCCCAGCGAUCGAGAAGAGAUCAUCACGUGUGAUCUCAAGGUCGAUGGUGGUGUGUAUUUGAAAGUGAAAAUAGCGUCGUGUAACCACCAAGCGUAAGUGCUGUGUGUUUCCUUUUAUUUUUUUAAAACUAAGUGUAAAGAGCAGUGAGCUGCGAUAUCAAACCGCGAGGAAAGCCAAGCCCAAGGCCCAAGCGAUUAGAGCAAAGAAAUGUGUUCGGUCUAACGCGUUCGGAGAAAGAGCAUGUAUAACAGUGUGUAAAGUCGUGUAAAAAUAGUGUAAACCACAACACCCUCCACAUUUCAUACUCCCUUCAUCGGGGUUCAAUCGACGUUAACAUCGAUAUUACGGACAACGAAACAAAUUGAGCCGGGUAGUGGUGAUUGUCGUAUUUGUCGUCGGCUAAUAGAAAGAAUAUAAAAGUUAACAAUUAUUGGUGAACGUGCUUGGACGGGUUUUCGCAAAAAGAAUUGCAAGCCGCAACAAAGAAAAUAACAAAUUGCCGGCAAACUAUCAGGCGUCUCCAUCGACCGACCGACGUCGCUCAUUCAGACAGAAACAACAAAGCAGUCCAUUUUGUGCAGAAAUUACCAUUGCAUGGCGCGAUAAGCAUCGAUUGCAAAAACAAAACAAAAAAUGACCAAACUAUUUGACGAAUCUCGCCCGGAAGGAGCCCCGCUGGUCGGGGCCGAUGGCGGAACCGAUAUGGCCUGGACCAAACUGUUGGGCAGCCAAUCCGUCCCAAAUCCAAUUUUGGUCAAAACAGUGCAACCAAAUUCAGGGAAAGAGGACAAUACUAACACAAUGUUAGAAGACGAUGGAAAGCCGGGUCGGGAAGUGCUGGUUACGAUUGAUCCGGAAACGGGCAAACCCAUUGCGCAAACCACCACUUCCGCUGGUGGCGAUGGACGCCGCCGAGAAUCCAUCAUCGGAACAUUCCACCGGCAGCUGAGGAUGUCGCUGAAGGCUGUGAGCGAAGGACCGGGACCUCUGACAAGAUAUCGGCAGACGCGUUAUUCAUCCAGGCGGAUCCGGAAGCGAGUUAUCUUCAAGCAGGGCGACUGCAAUGUCAUCCAGGGCAAUAUGGCCAAACGGAGGCGCCGAUAUCUGCAGGACAUUUUCACCACCAUGGUUGACAUACAGUGGCGCUGGACGUUGCUGGUCUUCGCGCUGAGCUUCAUCCUAUCGUGGCUAGGAUUUGGCAUCAUUUGGUAUCUCAUUGCGUACAGCCAUGGGGACAUGCAGGCUUAUGAAAUGGGAGACAAUGAACACAAACCAUGCGUCACCUUCAUCUACGGAUUCACGUCGGCAUUCCUCUUUUCGCUGGAGACGCAACAUACGAUCGGUUACGGUAAUCGGUUUGUAACGGAGGAAUGUCCGGAAGCGGUUUUCAUUCUUUCGCUGCAAAGUAUCACCGGAGUUUUCAUCCAGUCGUUCAUGGUGGGAUUGGUGUUUGCCAAGCUUUCUCGACCGAAAAAACGGGCCCAAACGCUGCUGUUCUCGCGGAAUGCCGUCAUCUGCCAUCGGGACGGGAUGCCUUGUUUGAUGUUCCGGGUUGGCGAUAUGCGCAAAAGUCACAUCAUCGAGGCACACGUGACGGCACAGAUUAUUAGGAGAAAGGUUACAAAAGAGGGUGAAGUGUUGCCGUUCUACCAGCAAAAUAUGGAAGUGAGCUGCGAUGGAGGAGACGAUCGGUUGAUGUUCAUCUGGCCCACAAUUGUGGUGCACAAGAUUGACAAGGAGAGUCCCCUGUACAAUCUUUCUGCCCAAGACAUCCUGAGGGAGCGGUUCGAAAUUGUCGUUAUGUUGGAGGGAGUAGUAGAAUCAACUGGUAUGACGACCCAGGCCCGCAGCAGCUAUCUGCCGUCGGAAAUUCUGUGGGGCCACCGUUUCGAGUCGGUCGUCUCGUUCAAGCGGGACACGGGAGAGUACGAGGUGGACUACACUACGUUCAACAAUACCUAUGAGGUGGAUACGCCACUGUGCAGUGCAAGACAAUUAAACGCCGUCAAGAAAGAGCUCAACAAACAGAGUGGCCUAGGAUCCUCUUCUUCGAGUUCGAAUUCGGAGUGUUCGUCCUCAUCGGAAGAACCACCGUCGCCACGCAUCCGCAAACAAGCCAACUCAGCCCAACAACUGCCCAACGGUUAUUUGCAUUUCGAUGUCAAUCAGGUCCAAACGCCGGACGCCUACUCGUCCAAUAACGCUGGUGUAACGUUUGCUAACGACCUUAAGUCUUCAAUGAAGACGAAUAACAACAGCGAUUCUUACGGUGGUGGAGGUAGUGGAGGAAGUGUCGGGGAUGUGAGCGAUAGCACAACCGGACCCGGAGGUUCGCCCUCGAAGCAGCGGCAGCGGGACUUCCGGAAGCUAACCAUCAAGGAACCGUCGAUGGAUUCGCUGUGCUGAUGUUUGUUGCCUUUUAUGCACUAGGUAACAGUGCUGUGGCCGUUUUGUGUGGGAGCUUGGGAUUUUUUUCAUUUAUUUUUCGUUUGGAAAGUGGCGUUUCGAUUUACUUCAAAAUUACCUACUAUCAUACCGUCCUGUUAUUCAUCUCGCUUUUGUACAUUUACUUUUCAUGUUAAAAACUUCAACCAAUAUAAGCUUAUCAUAACAUUAA